AUGAUUCCACCUGGAGUGCAUUUCAUCUUCUUCAGUGUUAAAGGAGCACCACGUAUUGGAUUUUUUCAUUAUUUCAAAGAAAGUGAGGUGCUUUUGCGCAAGUGGGAACCCUCGCGUGAAGACAUGGUCGUCGAGGUGACAUCCACGGAUGAGGUUGCAAAAGUACGCUCAAAUCUGAAAUCGAUGGAUGGAGAAAAAACAGUACAAAGAUUACGCCCAGAAAAUCAGUAUGGUCGCAUAACCAGUCAGGCCGAAUUGGUUACGAUGGAAACGGAACUGAUGGAACGAGAAAAAAAAACAGUACAAAGAUUACGUCCUGAAAAUCAGUAUGGUCGCAUAACCAGUCAGGCCGAAUUGGUUACAAUGGAAACGGAAAUGAUGGAACGAGAAAGUGCUGUUGCGAAUACGGGGAGAAGUUCGGUGGACCGAACAUGGCAGCUCGAUGAAUUAUUAAAUACAGUUGAUGGACAGUGGUCCGAGGUUCUUGGUGAAUUACAGUUUGCCUUCGUAUGUUUCCUGAUGGGACAGGAGUUAUAUCUUGCUUUGCUUCCAGUGCUGCAUUUCCAGUUGAAAGAAUGUCCAGAAGAUUUCUUUGUGGAUAUCGUUUCCAGAGAUAAUUUUCUCACUACGACUCUUGCAUAUCUUUUUGGCAGCAUAGCCGACUGUAAAGAAGCGACUAGCGCACUGAAGGAGAAAUCCAAAAAAUUCAAGAAUUUUCUGACAAAACGAUUCAAAUGGAAUUUCGAUGUGUCGGACGAAUAG